UGAAAUUUCAAAGCGUAAAAUCACGUGUCAAGUUCAGUUAGGUUCGAUUUUGUCCAAAUUUUUUAGAUUUACGCGUUGCUAAUCUGUUAAUUGUUGGUCUGUUUGCCGGAAAUUCGUUAAUGUGAAAGAUUGGUUGAACAAGACGAAAAAAUAUCUGAAUAAACGUAAAUGCAAAAUGGCUCCGAACUUCCGCAGCCUGCUGUGUGGUCUUUGUGGAAAUAAUAACCGUAGAUUGGAAUUCGUUCCACCGGAACCCGCAACAGGAAACAGCUGGUUCGAUGGCUGCUUACUACUGUUUUACAAACCUGAAACUCCGGAACAGCGGCAGGAAAGAGCUUUCAAGAAGGAAAAAAGAGACGUUGAGCAGUUUUUGAAAAAGCACGGCUUGUGGGAUAAUCGUAUGCCAUUCGAGGAUAUGCGAAACCUCAAGGUGGUUUUGGAAGCCACACUCGAAACGGAAACCGCAAAACUUCAAGGUCCUUUUGAGGUUAUUGAAAUGCAAGAGUUAAAGAAAGGGAAAUCCACCGAAAUCACGGACGGAUCCCCAACGGAUAAGGAUACGGCUGCUAGUGAAGGUACCACAAGUGACGUUGCGAUUUGCGAGCAACCCACUAAAACGGAGAAUCCACGGGAUGAGGAAUUUGACCGGAAGCUAGUGGCCACUCACGCAGCUUCGCCGGAGCAUUGUGAAUGCUCUGGGAGCGAAGACACUUGUGAUGAAAACUCAUCAGAAUGUGGUGCCGAUGAGUCCGGUUUAAUGCCGUUGAUUUUACUUUCCACCAGAAAAUUCAAGGACAAUUUGAACAGCUGCGACAACGAACGACUCGAAUUGAAUUCUUGCAGUUCUAGCUGUUCGUCCUCGAUGGAAAACGUGACGCUUGAGACAUCUGUCGUGGAAAAUCCUCUGGCAAAGGAUGACUGAUGAUGGGUAAAUUAGUUUUGUUAAAACCGAAACUGGUUUUAUUUUAAUGGUUCGUUUUUUUAUCUAGCUUUUAUCGUUUAUUAAAAAGGGUUGGGAUUUUUUUUAAUAUGUUGAAAUCUGUUGUCUGAAUAGAAUGAUAGAGAAGUGAGCUUUGAAAUUUCCAUUAACUAUGCAUUAAACAUGUUUCACUCAUGUGUAAUCUAUCAUCACCCAAGAAAAUACUGUUCGCACAGGGUUUUAAAAAUUAAAAAAAA